GCGGGCACUGGGUCAGACAUUGAAUCGUCUGACUGGACAGCGGGCAUCGGGUCACCAGGCAUCAAGUCAUUUGGCUCGACAGCGAGCACCGCGUCAUCUGGCAAGGCAGUGGGCUCCGAGUCAACAGGCACGACAGUGGGCACCGGGUCAUCAGGUACCGGAUUGUCUGGCUCGACAGCGGGCAUCGGGUCACCAGGUAUGACAGCGGGCACUGGGUCACCAGGCAUCAGGUCAUUUGGCUCGACAGCGGGCACCGCAUCAACUGGCAAGGCAGUGGGCUCCGAGUCAACUGGUAUGACCGCGGGCACUGGGUCAGACAUUGGAUCGUCUGACAGGACAGCGGGCAUCGGGUCACCAGGCAUCAGGUCAUUUGGCUCGACAGCGGGCACCGCGUCAUCUGGCAAGGCAGUGGGCUCCGAGUCAACAGGCACGACAGUGGGCACCGGGUCACCAGGCAUCGGAUUGUCUGGCUCGACAGCGGGCAUCGGGUCACCAGGGAUCAGGUCAUCUGGCAAGGCAGUGGGCACCGGGUCACCAGGUAUGACAGCGGGCUCUGAGUCAACUGGCACGACAGCGGGCACCGGAUCAGGCACCGGAUCAUCUGGAUCAACAGCGGGCACCGAGUCAACUGGCCCAAUAGGAUCGCCGGGCUGGAUCAGUCCAUCACGCUGAGCAGCGGCAUCAGGCUGAAUGCAGGCAU